CGGAUCUGAGUUGCUUCCGCCUUUUCAAGUGACACAGAGGAGGCUGGCAGGUCGAACCUGUCUUACGUCGGGAGCUCCUCGCGUCGCCACCUGAGUUCGGCCGGCUCCUCUCGAACUAGUGCACAACUCGAGGUCCAGCAGGUGCCAGAGUGCCAAACGCGGUCCGAUCAGGAAGUGAAGCCCAGCAGGUGCCGCUCGAACCGGAGGAGUCCGAACGAAGCUUUAGAAGAGGCCGGCAGGUGCCGGGCGGCACGAGCCCACAAGCUUUCCUUGCAGGUUUCCUCACAUCUCGUCCAGCACCAUGAGGCUGCUGUCCAGGAGGCGUCUUGGGUCUCUCAAAGUGGCCCUGGUGGUGGUGUUCUUCAUGGUGGUGGUGGUCAUCCUUCAGAGGGACGUUGGCAGGGCCAGCGGCGAGGAGCCGUGGCUGAGCAACCUGGCCAACAGGAAAGAGAAAAUGCUGGACAUGAUGAUGGGGGCGGUCAACAACCUGAGGGACUCGCUGCAGAUCAAAGCACCCGAGCAGCCACUGGUGCCCUCGGCCAUCGUGGAGGAGCAGCGAUGCGCGCCUGGCGUCUACACCGAGGCAGAGCUGCGCCCCCUGGUGGAGAGGCCCGUUCAGGAUCCCAGCAGCCCCGGCGCGGAUGGCAGAGGGUUCAAGCAGGACUCGAUGAACGCGGCGGAGCAGGCGGAGAAGGACAAAGGCAUGGAGAAGCAUUGCUUUAACCAGUACGCCAGUGACCGAAUCUCACUGCACCGCAGCCUGGGGCUGGACACCCGGCCACCUGAGUGCAUCGAUCAGAAGUUCAAGCGCUGCCCUCCGCUACCCACCACUAGCGUCAUCAUAGUGUUCCACAACGAGGCCUGGUCCACCUUGCUGAGGACCGUCUACAGCGUCCUGCACACGUCUCCGGCCACCCUGCUCAAGGAGAUCAUCCUGGUGGACGACGCCAGCACAGAUGACCACCUGAAGGCGCGGCUCGAGGAGUAUGUGAAGAAGCUGCAGAUCGUCCGGGUGGUGCGGCAGCCGGAGAGGAAGGGGUUAAUCACGGCCCGCCUGCUGGGGGCGCGCGUGGCCACGGCUGAGGUGCUCACCUUCCUGGAUGCCCACUGUGAGUGCUUUCACGGCUGGCUGGAGCCCCUGCUGGGUCGCAUUGCUGAGGAGCCCACCGCCGUAGUCAGCCCGGACAUCACCACCAUCGACCUGAAUACCUUCGAGUUCUCCAAGCCUGUCAGCCACGGGCGCCACCACAACCGGGGCAACUUUGACUGGAGUCUGACCUUUGGCUGGGAGGGCAUCCCCGAGCAUGAGAAGCAGCGGCGCAAAGAUGAGACCUACCCCAUUAAGACGCCCACCUUCGCUGGGGGCUUAUUUGCCAUCAGCAAGUCCUACUUUGAGCACAUUGGCACAUACGAUGACCAGAUGGAGAUCUGGGGGGGUGAAAACGUGGAGAUGUCUUUCAGGGUUUGGCAGUGUGGAGGGCAGCUGGAGAUCAUCCCGUGCUCGGUGGUUGGGCACGUCUUCCGCACCAAAAGCCCCCACAGCUUCCCGAAGGGCACCCAGGUGAUCACCCGCAACCAGGUGCGGCUGGCCGAGGUCUGGAUGGAUGAGUACAAGGAGAUCUACUACCGGCGCAACAGCAACGCGGCCAAGAUGGCCAAAGAGAAGGACUAUGGCAACAUCUCGGCCCGUCUGCAGCUUAAGGAGCGGCUGCAUUGUAAGAGCUUCAGCUGGUACCUGCAGACCGUGUACCCAGAGGCCUUUGUGCCAGACCUGACGCCCACCCUGUACGGAGCGAUUAGAAACCAAGGAAGCCAAGUGUGUCUGGACGCUGGGGAGAAGAACCAUGGGGGCAAACCCCUGAUCAUGUAUGGCUGCCAUGGCAUGGGGGGUAACCAGUAUUUCGAGUACACGUCCCACAACGAGCUGCGUCACAACAUCGGCAAGGAGCUGUGCCUCCACACCAGCAAGGGCACCCUCACGCUUGAGCUGUGCCAUCUGAAAGGUCCAGGAACCAAAGUGGCAGCCGAACAGCUGUGGGAACUGCAAAAAGACUCCCUGGUGAAGAAUCCGGCUUCAGGGCUCUGUCUGACGGUGAGCGAUGGGAAGCCAGCCGUGGCAUCGUGUAACCCAGCGGACUCGCUUCAGCACUGGACAUUCAGUUGAACCCGAGUUCCUGGACCCACCUUCACAAGGGACUGCGGUGAAAAGGUGCCAUCUGUCUCGUUGCCAGCUGAAAAGGAGACAAGGGUGCAACAGGGGGCUCAGUGCCUCCCAGCAGGACACCACAGGAGAGGGAGAACAGACCGCCCAAGAGCACUGGCGCCAACUGUUAUGAGGAUGGGCACCACGUGCCUACUAAUCGUCUAGACUGGGGGGAGACUCUCUUAACUUAUUCUUCUUUUUGGGAUCAGGAGGGGACCACUUUGCUUAAUAAACUCUGGGUCCAGAAA